UCAUUAUUGAUAUCAGGACUGUAAGGUAUUAAGUUGAGGGUAUUGGACUGAUCGCGUGAAAUUUUCAGUAGUACAUAUUUAGCGAUUUUUUUUUUUAAGAUUUAAAAUGCCAGAGAAGUAUAAUUACGAAUGCAUUGCUGAAAUUGUAACCGAUGGUGGUGCUAAAUUAACUAAAUACAAAUCAACAACUAAUGGAAUGACCAUAUGCAUUGCAAAUGUUAGCGGUCCUUUGGUGAGCGGUUAUUUAUGUAUAGCCACGGAAGCUCAUGAUGAUGAUGGAUUACCUCAUACUUUGGAGCAUUUAGUAUUUAUGGGAAGUGAAAAGUAUCCAUAUAAAGGUAUCUUGGACUUAGUUGCUAAUCGUUGCUUAGCACAAGGAACAAAUGCUUGGACAGACACUGAUCAUACUUGCUACACAGUGACUACAGCCGGAGAUGAAGGGUUCUUAAAGCUUUUGCCUAUAUAUCUUGAUCAUUUAUUAUUCCCAACUCUCACAGAUUCUGCCUUCAUUACUGAAGUUCAUCACAUCAAUGGAGAAGGUGAAGAUGCUGGAGUUGUUUAUUGUGAAAUGCAAGCUUCUGAAAAUUCAGGUGAAAGUCGCUGUCAUUUAGCCAUGCUUCGUUCAAUGUAUCCUGGUCAUUGUGGCUACAAAUCAGAGACUGGAGGUCUGUUAAAAAAUUUAAGAGAAAGCACUACAAAUGAAAAGGUGCGUGCAUAUCAUAAAGAAUUUUAUAGGUCUGAAAAUUUGUAUCUAAUAAUAGUUGGUCAAAUUGAUGCUAGUGAAGUUUUUAAAGCUCUGAAACCAGUUGAGGAAAGAAUAGCCCUUGAGAAAGAAAAGAAACCUUUUGUUCGACCAUGGCAAUCACCUGUUCCUCCAUUGCCUGAAUCUGUCACACUUGAAAUUGAGUAUCCAUGCGAUGAAGAUGAAUAUGGGCUUAUUAUUGCUGCAUGGCGAGGACCAGGAGGAAAUGAUUCUUUUGAACUGCGAUGUGUGGAUCUGUUGAUGGAUUAUUUCACUGAUACUUCAGUUUCUCCACUUAAUCGGGAUUUUGUAGAGAUAGAAGAUCCACUUUGCAAUCAAGUUGAUUUUACAGUCGUACAGAAUGCAGUAUCAUGCAUUUAUCUGCAUUUUUCUAAUGUUCCAGUUAACCGGUUAAAAGAACUAAAAGAAAAGUUGUUUGGUUUGUUCCAAAACUUUGCUGAUGGGAAAGAAGAAUUUGAUAUGGAUCGUAUGAGAACACUAAUUAAAAAGAGAAAAUUAUACAUUUUAACGCAAAUGGAAAAUAAUCCUCAUGACCAUUUAGCAAGCUACCUAAUUGCAGAUUUUCUGUACAGCACAAGUGCUGAAGAUUUAGCAGUAAGAGUUCAAGAAAUCCCAGCCCUGGAAAAGUUGUUGGAGAAAGAUGCUCAAUUUUGGGUUGAUCUUUUAAAAACUUAUAUUGUUGAGGGAAAAUUUGUUAUAGUUUUAGGUAGUCCUAGCCCUAAACUAUCUGAGAAAAUGUCAAAAGAAGAAAAACAGAGAAUUGAAGAACAGCAGAAACAGCUAGGGCCAGAAGGGCUGAAAGAUAUGGCAAAUACUUUGAAGAAAGCCAUUGAAGUUAAUGAGGUUCCACCACCAAAAGAAAUGAUCACUUCAGUUGAUGUUCCUUCAGUAAAUUCAAUAAAAUUCCACCCAAUUAAAAGAGUUUGUAAUGCAUCAAAAUCCGAAGAUGAAAAUCUUGACUAUUCGAUUAGUAAAAUGCCUUGCCGUUUUCAGUUAGAUGUCGUCAAUACCAACUUUGUUAGGUUCUAUGUUUUAAUGGAUACUAGCCAUUUAUCAUCAGAUCUGAGGAUGUAUCUGCCUCUUUUUGUUGAACUUCUUGAUGAAUGUGCCAUAAAGAGGAAUGGUGAAAUUGUGCGAUAUCAAGAUGUUGUAAAGCAGUUAGCUGAAGAUACCAUUUCCAUAUCUGCAUCAAUAGGACUCGAUUAUAGUCGCUUCUUUUGUUCAGCAUAUGCUCAAGUUUUAUGCUUAGAACUGACAGUAGAAGAAGAAAAAUAUACCAAAUCUGUGCAAUGGAUUCGUGAAAUUCUUUAUCAAAUCAUAUUUGAACCUGCUAGAAUCAAAUCAGCUAUUAACAAGAUGAUUACAGAUGUUGCAACAAUGAAGCGCAGUGCUGGUUCCAUAGUAAAAACUAUGAUAAAAAAUUUAUUCUAUUGCCCAGAGAGUAAUCACUGGACUGCAAGCAUGUUAAGACAACAUGCAUUUUUGUCAAAAUUGCUUGAAAAAUUAGAGUCUGAUGCCAAUGAAGUUAUUUCAAAACUGAAUGAAGUAAGGGAGGCAGUAACAAAACCUGAAAAAAUGACAGUUCACUUGGCUUUGAAUUUAGACAACAUGAAGCAAAAGGUCAAACCAGAGGAAGCUUGGAUUCAAGAACUUUAUCCACCAUCUGUUUCUCCUGAAAUAAUGAACUGCUCUGUUAAAAAGUGCUGUGAGUUACUAAAGCAAGAUGUUGAAGAUAACCAAUCAGGACUAAUUACUGGUAUUAGCUCUGUGGAAUCAUCCUAUAUUUUGCAGUGUGCACCAGGCAUAAAUGACUGUACACAUCCUGAUUAUGCACCUCUUUUAGUCCUAAUUCAAUAUCUUACUCAACUUGAGGGCCCUAUGUGGAAACAAAUACGAGGUCUUGGCUUAGCAUACACUUAUUACAUCUGUACAGCUCCUGAUUCUGGUCUUACUUAUUUAAGUAUUGGCAAAGCAACUCAUUUAGUUAAAGCUUACAAAGAAGCACGUGACAUAGUAGAGUCUCAUUUAAAUGGAGAAUCUAAGUGGGAAAAGGAAUUAAUGGAAUCUGCCUCAAGCAGUGCAGUUUUCGAAAUAAUUGAGAAAAUCAAAACAGUUGCUGAUGUAGCUGAGGAAUCACUUAAAGCUUAUUACCGCAACAUAGACAUGAAUUACACCCGAAAUUUGUUAGAAAAAAUAUCACAGGUGACUACAUCAGAUAUGGAACGUGUAGGCAUUAAGUACUUAAAACCUCUAUUUGAUAUUAGUAAGUCGCGCUGUGCCAUAUGUUGCCAUCCAAACAAAGUAAAUGAAAUUGUUCAAGGAUUUGAGAAGUUUUCAAGGAAACUUACUUUAGUGCCUUCAUUAGAAGAAAGUUUUAUGGCUAAAUAUUAAACCAGAUAAUGAUGGGAAUUUGAAAUAAAUUAAUAAUUUUGUUUCUGCAUAUUGGAAAUUAUUUCUGAUUGUUUCACAAAAUGUAAUUUUUACUCAUAAUGCAUAUAACUGCUUCAUGAAUAUAUGAGCCAUUUUAUGCAUUCAAUCCAUAAUAAAUGCAUAUUAAGUAAUGUAUACAUUUAUGUAAAUUAAUCAUAUCAUUUACAUACAUCUGGAUUAGAAAAUUUAAUCACAGCUAAUGUUUAAUGAAGUGCUAUUCUAAAUGUAUUUUAAAUUUUGAAUUUACUUUUAAAAGUGUAAUAUCUCUGUUUCCAUUGCAUGUAUUUUUAUUGUGAACGAAUGAAAUUUCUGCUGUGGCUGUCCCCCUCUCCUUAAAAAUUUUCUCAUAAUCUGAAAAUGUUGAGUGAUAAAUAAUGGUAUACAAAACUUCCAUUUCUUAAAAAAUAAUUUGUUUUCAAUAUUCAUUCUAGAUAUGAAUUUUUUGUUAAUAGACAGUUAUGUAAUUUACAUAGCAUUAAUUGGUUAUUAUAUUAUUUGUCUAUCACAAGAAUGACAAAAUAUCUCUUACCAUAGACCUCAUCCAUUUUUCAUAGGGGUUUCUUGGAAAAUGCAUUUGUGUUUGCCAUCUUGAUUCACUUUGACAAAUUGACAAUAUAUGCUUUUUUAAUUUUUGCUUCUAAUAAAGUACUUGCUAUAA